AUGAUUGUAGCCCAUGGUACGAAGAGUGGAUCUAUCUAUGUAACGACAGAUGCACGUGGAUCCAUUGCAGUGGUUGAGAGCAAGGAAGAUCCAAAUUUGUGGCACCAAAGACUUGGUCACAGGAGUAGCAAAGGCCUGAAGAUUAUGCAAUCGAAUAGAAAGUUACCAGGUUUGAGGUCAGCUGAUUUUGAUUUAUAUGAAAGUUGCAUCUUUGGGAAACAGAAGAGAAUAAGCUUCAAAAGAGUUGGCAGAACUCCGAAGGAAGAGAAGCUUGAGCUAGUUCAUACAGAUGUGUGGGGUCCAGCAUCAGUCUAG